AUGUCCCCACCUACGAAACCUGUAAUUGGAGUAGGCUUUGUCGGUCUAUCUUCGACGGGAUGGGCGUCAACGGCUCUCGCCCCGUCACUUAUACAGCCAUCCUUGACCGGUGCAUAUGACAUUGUAGCUGUGUCCACGACAUCCGAAGAAUCGGCGAAGAAAUCUGCAGAAAAGUAUUCGAAAUGGGUUGGACAUCCUAUCAAGGCGUAUUUUGGCGACGCCUCACGCAUUUCUGCUGAUAGUGACGUUGAUUUAGUUGCAGUGGCUGUUGCUGCUCCACAUCACAAAUCUGUCGUAAUGCGCGCUAUAGAGGCCACAAAAGACUUCUUUGUAGAGUGGCCAGCUGGAGCGUCGCUGAAAGACACGGAAGAAAUGGCAGAAGCUGCUCGUAAAAGUGGAGUUCGGUCGAUUGUAGGUUUACAAGGAAGGCAUUCAAUGGUAACUCGGAAGGUCAAGGAACUGUUGUCUUCUGGUGUGAUCGGGACAGUUAGAUCUACUAACGUAUUUGCUCUCAUGCCGCGUGAGCUAAAUUUGUGGACACCUUUCUCAUCAGAGAAGGACUUAAGGUUAACUCAAAGGGAGAAUGGGUCAACCAUGUUAGAUAUACCUAUUAUUCAUCAGCUUGAUAUUCUCACUUUCCUCCUCGGUGACUUUGUCACGAUUUCGGCGACUGACGCAAUUUUCUUUCCUGUUGGAACUGUCGUUGACAGUGAGGGAAAACCGACUGAGAAGACCUAUCCCUCUACAAAUCCAGACCAUUUUUCUAUCACUGGAUUUUUAGAAAGUGGGACUAUGGUCAAUAUAUUCUGGCGCGCAGGCUAUGCGUCCAGCGAAGGACGACGACAAUACAUAUGGGAGAUCGAAGGAGACGAAGGUAGCAUCAGAAUGGAGGCUCCUGUGGCCUACCCAAGCAUUUACGAACCUGACCUUUAUAUUAACGGCAAGAAAUUCGAAUUCGAUGCCCCUGGAGACAUCCUGCAGUCGCUUGGUGUAGCGUGGAGAGAAUUUGCUGCUGGUGGUACCGGAAACUUUGCCACCAUUGAAGAUGCGGUGAAGAAUCAUCAUCUUAUUCAAGCAAUCGAGGCCAGUGCGAGGUCUGGGACUCGUAUUACCCUCCAAAAACGUGUAUAG